CUGAGAGAGACGAGGAGCUGAAGAUCACAGUGACGAGGAAACGCUUCACCCGCGUCUCUGAGUGAAGAUGAUGAGCUCUGUUUUCGCUAAGCUGAACCCCCGGAGGAUCAAGUGGGAGGCGUCAUGGUACGGCCUUCACUCUCGCGUGCUGAGAACCAAACCUCUGCACUCCAUGCAGGAGGGUUCUGGGGAUCUACACGGAACCGCCAGACUGGCGCAGGUUCUCACCACCGUGGACCUGGUGUCUCUGGGCGUGGGCAGCUGCGUGGGCACGGGCAUGUACGUGGUCGCCGGGCUGGUUGCUAAGGAAAUGGCAGGACCAGGAGUGAUCUUGUCAUUUAUCAUCGCUGCUGUGGCAUCGAUUCUGUCAGGUGUGUGCUAUGCUGAGUUCGGCGUGCGAGUGCCAAAGACCACCGGCUCGGCGUACACCUACAGCUACGUGACGGUGGGGGAGUUUGUGGCCUUCUUCAUCGGGUGGAACCUCAUCCUGGAGUACCUGAUCGGCACGGCGGCCGGAGCGAGCGCCCUCAGCAGCAUGUUCGACUCUCUGGCCAACCACAGCAUCAGCCGAUACAUGAUCACACACCUCGGCACUCUCAACGGCCUCGGUAAAGGAGAGGAAUCGUAUCCCGACCUGCUGGCUCUGGUCAUCGCCGUUAUCGUGACCGUGAUCGUAGCUCUUGGAGUGAAAAACUCAGUGAGCUUCAAUAACGUCCUGAACGUGGUGAAUCUGCUCGUGUGGGUGUUCAUGGUGAUCGCAGGACUCUUCUUCCUGUCCGGAGAGAACUGGGAGGACGGCAGGUUUCUGCCCUACGGCUGGUCAGGGGUGAUGCAGGGAGCUGCUACUUGUUUCUACGCCUUCAUCGGGUUUGAUAUAAUCGCCACUACAGGAGAAGAAGCUAAAAGUCCAGACACCUCGAUUCCCUACGCCAUCACCGCGUCACUCGUCACGUGUCUAACGGCAUACGUGUCUGUGAGCGUGAUCCUCACCCUGAUGGUGCCGUAUAAUCGGAUCGAUGGAGACGCUCCUCUGAUGGAGAUGUUCGCUGUUCACGGCUUCAUGGCAGGGAAGUACAUGGUGGCCAUCGGAGCCAUCGCAGGACUUACGGUCAGUCUACUGGGGUCGCUUUUCCCCAUGCCCCGAGUCAUCUACGCCAUGGCAGGGGACGGGCUGCUUUUCAGGUUCCUGUCCCAUGUGAGUCCAUACACAGAGACCCCGAUGGUGGCGUGCGCCGUGUCCGGGUUCCUGGCUGCGUUUCUGGCUCUGCUGGUCAGUCUGAGGGAUCUGAUCGAGAUGAUGUCCAUCGGCACGUUGCUGGCGUACACGCUCGUGUCUGUGUGUGUGCUGCUGCUCCGCUAUCAGCCUGAAGGAGACGGAUUCACUGACGUGCUCCCAGACGAGUUUCAGAAGACUAAAGAGGGCGUGCUGGCGGAACGUGAGCGUGACCUGUACUCCACCCCCAGCGACGCAGACGAGUACAGCAACACAUGCGGGGCCAAGAACCUUCCCUCACAAGGCGACAGUGAGAUGCUGAUUAGCAAAUCAGACUCUGGUGGCUACCAGUCGGAGUCCUCGGGGUACAGCGCGGGCGAGAAGGGGACAGAGUUUGAGGAUUCGGACAGUGCUGUGACGUCCAUGCUGAAGCGAGCACUCGGUGGUCAUUACUACACCCUUCGGAUGCGACUCGGACUUCCUGAACCGGGCUCUCAGCCCACGCCUGCUACAGGACGCACCGUCACCUACUGCGUCCUCGUCCUCUUCGUCCUCACGUUUCUGCUCUGGUCCGUUGUUAUAUACGGCCUCGACCGAGCCUCAGCAGGCGCUCGCUGGAUUCUCGUCCCAUUCGUCAUCAGCAUCAUCAUCCUCAUAGCCGUUUUAAUCAUUAUUAUUCUACGGCAGCCUGAGAGUCCCAAAAGGUUACCGUACAUGGCUCCCUGCGUCCCCUUCGUGCCCACAGCCGCCAUUCUGGUCAACAUCUACCUGAUGCUCAAGCUGUCCAGCAUUACCUGGGUCCGCUUUGGCGUGUGGUGCUCUAUAGGUCUGAUGAUUUAUUUUGGCUAUGGGAUGUGGAACAGUUCUCUGGAGCUGAGCGCGCGGGAGGAGGAAGCCCACGCCAGCUCGUAUCAGAGGUACGACACUGGAGUGGACGACAGCUUCAGGGUGGACGAUGACCUUCACGCUCAGGAGGACGGAGAAGGAGGGCGGUAUCAGGGCUGGGCGGCCGAGGAGAGGGGCUACCAGUACCAAAACCAGUACCAGAACCAGUACCAGGACCAAGACCAGCACCAAGACCAAUACCAGAACCAGUACCAGAACUACCAGUAGCAGGGCGAUGACGUCCUCCUGUGGUAAAGGCUUCGAGGAGCUGGUCAAUGAGGAUUAGCCACCGAUGUGUGUGAAAGUGUUGAGUUUCUUCUGCUUUACUGUCUUAUUCAACCUGAUAAACUUCUUUUCAGUGCUGUUUUGUUUUUAUUUGCUUGAACUUGGUGUAUGUUUAUGCUUAUAAACUUCAGAAUUAUUGGCACCCUUCAUGAAAAUGAGCAAAAAUUUAUAUAUGAAAUGAUUAAACUGUGGAUUUGAGGUAUAGUUUUAUUUUAACAGAAUACAUUUCUAAACAUAAAAUUGUUCUUGAGUAGUGUGUUUUUAUUCCUGCAAAAAAAAAAAAAAAGUUUAAAUAUAUUGGCACCCACAUUUAAAUUUUUGGAACUUGAAUUUUAUUUAUUUAUUUAUUUAUUUCAAGAAUAAUUUUUUUUAACAUAUUCCUUGGGGUGAUGGUUAUUAAUUUUACCCAAAAAGUCCCCAGUUGUUUGAGUGAAACAUUUGGAUUGUGUGUAAUGUUUAUUCUACAAUAAUUCUUGCCUAUUCUCUUGAAGGGUGCCAAUAAUUCUAGAGCUAACUGCAUGUAUUUUCCAAACAAAAUUAAUGGCCAUGGUGCAAAUGUGAUAAGGAAGAACGCAACGCCGUGUAUCGCAAUAUUUAACAAUGUGCUACGACGCUACAGCGCAGGAGGAGCAGCCGCCCACGCAGGAACAUGAGGACAGAUAAAGUCUCAGGUUCCUAAUUUGAGAGAAAUUUGAAAUCAUACAUGUCAUUCUCUGAGAAGAAAAAUCAGAACAUCACACAGAAUGUUUCUCUAUUAAGCCUUAAUGAUCUGAAAAAAAAAACAAAAACCUUGAGUUCAUGAAACUCAUUUCACACUGCCUGUGUGUGUGUGUGUGUGUGUGUGUGUGUGUGUGUGUGUGUGUGUGUGUGUGUGAGUUCUUAUUCUAUGUUCCACACCGAUAAAAUCAGGGUUCACCUGGAACACAAACACACACACGCUUUAGUUUGAAAAUGUAGAGCCUUUAAGGGUGCUCUGAUUGUCCCUCUUGCGAAACCUUUAACGGUUCUAUGUAGAACAACGAAGUGCUUUCUUAUCAGAAAAGGGUCCAAGAAGAAUUUUUCCCUUUAUGAAGCUAAAAACUCUUAAUUAUCCAAAGAACUUUUCUGUUCCACAGAGACGAAAUCAGGGGCCACAUGGAACAAGAACACACACACACACUUUUUAGUUUUUCCUUAUUUUAUUUUACAAAAUGUAAAACCUUUAAGGAUUCUUCAGUUGUGAUUCUGGGGAAACUAUUAAAG